AUGAGGUCGUCUCCUUCCUGCAACCGCAUCGCAGCAUCUAGGCUUGUCACAUCCUGCCAGUUUGUUAGGGAGAAAACGCAUAAUGUCGACUCUGAGACCUAUAGAGUGUUAGAGCAUACGAGAUCGUUGUAUGCAGCAAGACUCGCUAUCUGCGAACUUGAAGGUGCCGGGGCCCAUAUCCCCAAUGCCUGUCUUCCGGUCACUAUUCCACCGCCACAGAAGAAAGGAAUCUUUGGAUUUUCUUUGAGGCGUGGAAUUCCGGUCAACGGUGUGGACCCGAUUCCAGUCCAGUUGUUGGAAUCCUGUCUCAAGUCGCUGGAGUCACGACCUCAAUGGUGGACUUCUUAUAGCAACAGUAGGCAGAACGCUUUCGUGAUAUGUCAAGCCGCAAGGAUUGAGAACGAAAAGGAAGAGCUUUUGGAUCUCCAUAGGUCAGUAGUCCAGGGCUCUAACAAACUCAAUCAGGGCCUUCAAGAAGCCUUGCGGACGGCUGCUGCUCAAUCUUCACAGCACAGAGCUUUCGCCAGUGAAAUUGCAAAUAUGAAUGCUAGGCUGGUUCACGACAUGGAAGAAACUCGCUCGCACUUCAAGACUAUGAUUGAAAAGGCUAUUUACAAUAUUGAAGCCAGAGCCGUUUCAGUUGUCAAUACUAUUACCUCGGUGCUCGGAAGGGCUCAGGCUGGGGCAACAGCUCUAGAUGAGAAUAUUCAAAAUGUAUCCUCCGAGGUUAGCAAGCUGCAAUACACUUUUCAAGAUCUUUUGAACGAAGUGCUGUCUGCAAAUGAGCAAAUUGCGUUGGCACACCAACAGAAUGCUAUGUCACACAACGAGCUCGCCGUUAACCUUCGAUCGAAACUAGAGUCCUUAUUGCAAGAUGAUAUGGCUAUAUUACUUCAUAAUAUUGAGGCAUUCGAUUCUUCAUUAGAAUGGCUCUCUGGAAGAUUCGGGCUCCUGUCCGAGCAAGAAAUGAGUAUAUCCGAGCGUCUGCGAACUUUCGAUACAGAAUUGAAAGAACUCCAGUCGAGAGCCGAAGAUAUACACAAGGCGCAGUUACAGCAAGCUGAAACUGUCGAGUUCCAGUCAAGGCUACAAGAGAAACUACAAACCAGCGUACAAAUCUCGCAAGCUUUACUUGACAAGGUAGCCGCAACUGCAGCCAAUUUGCAGGCGAUGAUCGAUGAGACAUCAGCGCGUUAUAAAGACUCCCCCGCUUUAAGGCCGCUUUUUAGCCCAUACUCCUCGUGGACCUUUUAUGGUCUUCUUCUGAGUGUCAUAGCAUCUCACAACGUGAAAGUUGCUUUAGCAUUGCUUAUUAUUAGUGCUCUCCAAUUCAUGGCCAUGAGGACACUAUGA